AUGUGCAUGAAGGUCAUGGGCGACCUGUUCGCCGUGCUGCUGAACCACCUCACUGCCCAGAGUGGGGAAGGCGAAGAAGAAGGGGGAAGGGGCGGGGAGAGGGAGAGGGUGACUGCGGAGUGUGAGGCGGCACAGGCGGUGGUGCAGGAGCUGGUGUGCAGCGAGGUGCUUCCGCUGUAUGGUUCCCUCAUGACUGAUGAUGAGCCUGUGCCCACGCUCGCUGAGAAGCUUCUCGUGAACUUCUUGGACCAUUCGAUCGUGACAGUGGAUAGUAUUUUAUCACUGAGGCUGGCGGCGUGCUUCUUUGAGAGGCUCGUGGGGGAGCCGGCGGCCAUCAACAUGCACACGGUGCGCCUGUGCCUCAUCCUGGCCACGAAUCCUGCAGUGGACAAACGUGCGUUUGCUCACCUGCACCUGGUGCCACGCAUGGGUGCGCUGCUGGAGCACGUGUGGCAGUGUGCCAUGGCGGAUUCUAUUUAUCCCGUUGUGUUGCUGUGCCUGCACGUGCUCGUGCGACAGGUGGCGGAUAACGGCAGUGGGGAGCAGGAAGGCGGGGCGGGCGAGGAGGAGGUGGAGCAGUUGGCAGAGUUCACUCGCGUGUUUGUGCACCUCUGUGCGGACCCAGACCCUAUGGUUGCAGACAUUGCUUCUGACUGCCUCUCUUACCUACUCCAUGCCGUUCCGGACCAUGUAGGGCGCGCCCUUGCGCCGCACAUCCCUGACGUUACCACUGUUCUCACCAGCACGGUGCAGCAGCAGCAGGAGGGAGGGGGCGAGGCGGGGGAGGUGGCCGGUGGGGCGGAGCUCGCAUUAAAGGCGUUCACUGGCUCCAGCGUAGCGAGGAGAAGUUCCUCCGACGUAGCACAGCGGCCCACCGAGGAGAAGUUCCUCCGCAUUCGCCUCGCCAAUGCCGCCUUGCACGUCGGCCCAACCUGUGCAGCGGCCAGGGGUCCGCCGCCAUCUGGGGGUGCGCUUCUUUGA